AUGGUAACCACGAGUAUGUUGCAAUCGUUAUCCGAUCUCAGUUCAAAAGCAAUAUCAUCUCAACCCAUAUCUGAUGAAACUACAACUGUUUCAUCGCUUAUUACAACAUCUACGACUACAUCGGCAGCUUUAGUGGGAACACCAAAGCGGACUCAACUUCUUGAUCUGACGACCAAAACUCCACUCAGCCCUACGUUCACAUUGAGAAAACCUCAGGUUAUACCUGUCACAACAGCGCCGGCUGUCAACUGUGAAAGUCAAAAUCAAGUUUUCGAAGAAAAGUCCGAGUAA